AUGGCUGCUGCCGUACGGGAUACUGUUACCAAUCUAAUUGGCAAAAUUGCGGGCAUGGGAGUCCAGGACGCCCCGCCACGCCAGCCCUCCGCCGAAGAGGUUGCAGAGCUCAAGAAGAAGUACGAGCUGGCAAAGCAAGGACAAGUAUUUGCUCGCUUCGACUCCCUCACCUCCAACGAACAGGCCCAGCUCUUCCACCAGCUUUCCUCCUUUGACCCCGAUCACAUUAACAAACUCGUCAAACGGGCCAACGCAGACUCUGCCAGCGCACUGAACAGCAGUGAACCCAAGGCCCUUGAGCCUCUGCCAGAGAGCUCAACUGCGUCGAUACUUGACUCCGACCCAAAGGAUCUAGAACGAUGGUACAGCGAGGGAAUGAAGCUCAUCGGCGAGAACAAGGUGGCCGUUGUGCUCAUGGCUGGUGGUCAGGGAACAAGACUUGGGAGCUCUGAUCCGAAGGGAUGCUUCGACAUCGGUCUGCCCAGUGGGAAGUCCCUGUUCCAGAUUCAGGCUGAGCGUAUUGCUAAGCUACAGUCUUUGGCUGCCGAGGAGUCAAAUAAGAAGAAUAUCGUUGUGCCCUGGUACAUCAUGACUAGCGGGCCAACCAGACAGGCAACUGAGGAGUUCUUUACCGGCAACAACUACUUUGGCCUUUGCAAGGAGAAUGUUACGAUCUUCAACCAAGGCGUGUUACCCUGUAUCUCCAACGAUGGAGAGAUACUUCUCGAGAGUGCUUCAAAGGUUGCGGUUGCCCCUGAUGGAAACGGAGGUAUCUACCAGGCUCUUGUCAACUCUGGCGUCAGGGAUGACAUGAAGAAGCGCGGAAUUGAACACAUCCACGCCUACUGUGUAGACAACUGCCUUGUCAAGGUGGCUGACCCUACUUUCAUCGGUUUUGCUGCAUCCAAAAAAGUUGACAUUGCCACCAAAGUUGUGCGGAAGCGCAAUGCUACCGAGUCUGUUGGCCUGAUUGUCCUCAGCAAUGGCAAGCCAGGCGUCGUAGAAUACUCUGAGAUCGACGAAGCCACGGCAAAUGCCAUUGAUCCCAAACAGGCCGGCGUCCUCAAGUUCAGGGCAGCUAACAUUGUUAACCACUAUUACUCCUUUAGCUUCUUUGAGUCGAUCGAGAAAUGGUCCUCCGAUCUACCACACCACAUCGCCCGCAAAAAGAUACCUUUCUAUGAUACCAAAACUGGUACUACCGUUAAGCCUGAGUCUCCCAACGGAAUCAAGCUUGAACAAUUCGUCUUUGAUGUCUUUCCCUUUAUCCCACUUGAGAAGUUCGCCGCGAUUGAGGUCAAGAGAGAAGACGAGUUCUCCCCUCUCAAGAACGCCAGAGGUAGCAAGGACGAUAACCCAGACACCAGUAAGAAGGACAUCAUGCAGCAGGGCCUACGCUGGAUCAAGGCUGCUGGAGCUGUCGUCAGCGAAGAGCACACCAGCCUCGGCAUCGAAGUGUCUCCCUCUAUCAGCUACGGUGGUGAGGGUCUGGCUUUCCUCAAAGGCCGUACCAUCAGUACCCCUGCACUAAUUGAGACAGAAGGCGAUAAGGCAUAG